AUGCAGCAACUUUUGACAAAAAUAUUGGCCAACGACGAUUUUAAUCUAAAUGCCUUUCGCAAUCUCAAGACGCUCAAAUUUUCGGCCUUGUCUACCGAAAACAUUGUGGACAUCGAACUUCUGAAGCCGACUCUCCAGACAAUCUGUGUUCAUAACACAACCAUACAAAACAUAAACCAAGUCCUGCUUUGCGACAAUCUGCACAAGCACUGCGAUGUGCCCAGCCUGCUGCCAGAGACUAUACUUGCUUCCCUCUCCGGUUCCGGUCCCUCCACUUCUAAUGGUAGUGCCUUGGUCAGUGCGGAUGCGUGGCAAGAGAUAACAGAACUAGACCUGACCGGCAAUUUGCUAACCCAAAUCGAUGGCAGUGUACGAACAGCUCCAAAACUCAGACACCUAAUCCUUGACCAGAAUCGAAUACGGACCGUCCAAAAUCUGUCCGAACUUCCUCAACUCCAGUUGCUUUCGCUAUCUGGGAAUCUUAUAGCAGAGUGUGUGGACUGGCAUUUGACGAUGGGAAACCUAGUCACUCUGAAGCUAGCUCAAAACAAAAUCAAGACACUGAGUGGUCUGCGAAAACUACUUUCACUGGUUAACCUGGACCUUAGUUCCAAUCAGAUCGAGGAGCUUGAUGAAGUCAAUCAUGUCGCCAAUCUUCCGCUUCUAGAGACCCUUCGACUUACUGGAAAUCCGCUGGCGGGCAGUGUCGACUAUCGCUCUCGCGUCCUUGCUCGAUUUCACGAACGUGCUGCUGAAAUAUCUUUGGACAACGAACCUGGUAAUCAGCAGGAGCUAGAUACUGCUUUGGUUUUGUCUUUGGUUUUGUCCGCCCUUCUGCAAUCGAAGCAACGUCAGCAACAAAAGUGAUCCUUCUCACAGAAAGUUUAUCGAU